AUGGCUGCGCUUCCAGUGGUUCAGGGCAAGGUGGUGGGAACGCCGGCGGAUGUCGAGCAGCCGUAUCCGCACUAUCCUCAGCACCCCCACCACCCCCAGCACGCCCACCACCAAGCCCACUACCCCAACAGUGCAGCAUCUCAGCAGAUGCCUCGGCCGGAAUGUCCAAACCUGGAUGUCUUGCAGCUGGCGUGCAGGGACGUCCACCUUCCACCUGACAUUCGACUGGGAUUCGUGAAGAAAGUGUAUGGCAUCCUCGGGAUGAUGCUACUGCUCACCUUCGCAGUCAGCUUGCCUUUCGUUCUUGUCGCUGACAAGGCGCAAGAGUUCAUCCUCCAACAUGUCUGGAUCUUGUACAUCGCCGUGGGGGUCGUGAUUGCCCAGUUGGUCUUCGACUUGGCCGCUUCCUGCCAGGGUGCGUGUUGUGGAAGCACAGGACUCUUUCAGAGUUACUUCUGGAUGAUGAAGACGGCCCCAUGGAACUACAUGUACCUGACUCUUUGGUCGUUGUGCCUUGGUGUGGUAGUGGGGUUCGUCUGUGCGCAAUAUACAGCACAGUCGGUCUUGCUCGUCUUUGCACUCACGGCCGUCUUGAUUAUUGCCCUGACGAUCUACGCCGUGCGCACCCAGGCGGAUUUCACAGGCUGCGGUGCUUACAUUAUGGUACUUUUGCUGGGCCUGCUCAUGACCAUCUGUGUAUAUUCUUUCUUUCCAAGCAGUGUCGUUGUCACCAAAAUAAUCGCCGGAGUGGGGGCAACGCUGUUCGGCUUCAUCAUAGUCUACGACACGCAGCAGAUCUUCGGCUCUGCUUCUGCGAACUUCGGAGGCGGCAAGCGCCACAUCGAGUACACGAUUGACAUGUACGCCUUUGCCGCGUGGAAUCUCUACAUGGAUUUCCUGAACUUCUUCCUGUACAUGCUCCAGCUCUUCGGUGAAAGGAGGUAG